GCACUGCGCCCAUCGCCUCGCCCACCGGAGCAGCCCUCGAGCAGCCCUUGAGCAGCUCUUCGCCCGCCGACCACAAUGGCUUGGUACGAUCAGGACAGCUGGCUCACGGCAGCCUUCUCGCCCAACCUCACCACCAUCGUCAUCACCAUCGUCGUCGCCCUCGCCCUGCCCAUCCUGCUGCAUGCCUUUCUCUACAAGAAGGCUGCCGCUGCCGCCCAGGUGCCCACCGUGUUACUGGUCGGCCCGAGCGGAAGUGGAAAGACGGCUUUUGCGACCUUGGCCGAGAGGAACGCCUCUACCCAGACACACACGUCGACCACGCCUCUUACCGUCUCUGCCCUUCUGCCCAGUCCACAUGUGUCCGCGUCCUCGCACUACCGCUCGCCCGGUGACCCAGCUUUCGAGCGCUCGCGUAACUUUGUCCUCCUCGACACGCCUGGCCAUGGCAAGCUCCGCCACCAUGCCAACGAGCAACUCGCCGACCCCAAGAACAUCCGUGCCAUCAUCUUCCUCGUCGACGCCGCUCAGCUGGGCGACGAGGCCGGUCUGAACGAAGCAGCCGAGUACCUCCACGACGUGCUUCUUUCACUGCAAAAGCGCUACACCAAAGCAACCACGAGCAAGGGGCCCAAGGAAAUCCCUGUUCUUGUGGCUGCAAACAAGAUGGAUCUUUUUACGGCUCUCCCUGCACACCUGGUCAAGAACUCUCUCGAGAAGACCAUAACCACAAUCAGGAACAACAGGGCCAGGGCACUAAGGGACGCCGGGGCUGCGCUGAGUGGAGGCGAAGACGAGGUGGACGAGGAAAAGGAAUGGCUUGGAGAGGGCGGAGAGGGCGCUUUUACUUUUGAGCAAAUGAGAGAAAGCGGGACUAGCAUCGAUGUCAUUGGUGGAAAUGUCAUUGGUGGUAAAGAGGGUCCCGGUGUGGAUAAGUGGUGGGAGUGGAUCGCUGAGCAGCUUUGAGUGUGCGUGUUUGGAAAAGCAUCUUCUGUCUUUUUCAUGUUCGAGGCAGGUGGGUGAUGCCUAAGGGGGGCGUUGCAUGCAUGUAAUUGUACCUCUCUUGAUACCCAAAAUUUACAGUCAUC